AUGUUUCACCCGUCAUUAAAUACAUCCAAAAACAGUAAGCACAGACCUGAUAUUGUCAUAAAUAAUUAUAACCAUAAGUAACGAUAGAAAAUUAUUUUUAGGAAAUGCUAUCGAUGAAAAUCGUAAACCAUCAAAUAGAGUGCUUAAAUUUAAAAAAUCGUUAAUUACAACAAGCCGUAAAUUUAAUUCACCUGUGAAAAAUGUAGAUCGUUUAGUAGGAGGUGCGGAUGCUCCCGAGGAAAGGGAAGAGAUACCGAAACCAGCGGAAGAAACUAUAGAACAAACUGAAACAGUAGAAACAGCAUCUACUGCGAAAAUAGAAUAUGAAAAAUCUAUUCGUACAGCUGGACCAUGCUGUACUUGCAUGUCGCAAGUGCCAGAAUCAACUGGGGAUAAGAAAGUGGAUGAAAUGAUUGAGUAUGUGCAUCAUAAUUUACAAGAAGUCAGUAAAGCAUUGGCCAGCUUAGGCGAGAACUUUGAGCACGAUUCAAAGGUUGAGCCCUGUACGCAAUUGAUGUUCGCUGAUAUAUUUGGUCGGAUACAACAAUGGAUUGGUUUGGUUCAAAACAAGUUGGACAUUUGUAAGAACGAGAUUGAAGUAUUGCGUAAAGAACUGAUGGCACGAGCUUGUGAAAUCGACAAUCUAAAGAAAUUACUGGCAGAGUGCCAAGAACGAGAGAAAUCAGAAGCAACUACUCAGACUGUUGAAACUAGAAUAAUUCAGGCUUCGGUACAACCAGAAAGUCGACCUGUUAUUGAGGAAGCAAGAAAAGAAGAAGUUGCUGAAAAAGUACUGAAAGAAGAAUCUGAAACAAAUAAUAAAAGAGCAAUAAAGGAAGGCUUUGAAAGAGUAAUAAAAGAAAAUUCUGAAAGAGUAAUAAAAGAAAAUUCUGAAAGAGUAAUAAAAGAAGAUUCUGAAAGAGUAAUGAAAGAAGAAACUGAAAGAAUAAUAAAAGAACCCAAAGAGAUUGAAAUUAUUUGUACGGACACAGCUAUUCAAUCAAUUUUGAAAGAUAAAGAUACACUGAGGCGAGAAAUCGAACUUGAGGCUGAGAUAGCAAGACUUCGUAACGAAAAUGAACGUAUAAUAAAAGAACAUGCGGAAUAUGAGAGUGCGAUACAACGAGCAUUACUACGAGGUGUUUCUUCUUUGAAUGUCGAAGCACUGAGAGUUUUGCGUUGCCCGCCAAUUCCAUGUUGUACUCCCUGUGCACCUUGUCCUGCUUCUGCUAUGGAACCGAUUAUGCCUUGUAAAAAAGACGGUGCAUCGGCUUGUCUUACUAAAGGUUGCGUCACUCAACGCACUGGCAAUUGUGGAAAAAAUACUGUUCGCGAGCAAGGUUAUUAUACUGUAAAACGACCUUGUGCCAGUCCUUGCUGUUCUGCUGGAAAAAGUCGGAAAUCCGCGUCGAAGAGCAGUAUGCUUUUUCUUCUUCAUCAGGGAGACGCAGAAAAUAUUUGUACCUCAAAUAACAUGCCAAUGUCUCAAGUUUGCGGCUCACCGAUUAUGAAAAAAAUUGAAAUACCACCGUGUCCCAGAUUUAAUAUGACGUGAUAAUAUGAAACACAAAAACGUCAAGAAGUGAACUUGAUGGUCGUUGCAUAAAAUACAACACAUUCAAAAAUCAUAAAUAUUCUUCACAUAACAAUAGAAAUAUACCUUUUCACCAUAGAAAUCCUGAAUUUUUUUAAUUAAAACACGAUCGAACGAAUCGUUUAAAUUUAAAGUUAUUGUAGUAUCCUUCGUUUUAUGAUGUGAAAGUAAUAAAGAAACAUGGCAUUGAAAGUAUAAAUAUAACUUUAUAUAACAUCAUCAGAAAAAUAUUGUAAAUAUUAAAUAUCCAUUCUCAUAAAUAACAUCAAGAUAUUUUUUUCAUUAUAUAAUGUAAAAUAGAAUUGGAGGACAUAUCAAAGGUACCGUGAAAUUCUGUUGCACCUUAUACCUUAAACACCAUUGAUACAUAGUAUUUUACACAUUUCAUAAAAGUUUCAACGAAUGAAAUUAUAAUGAAAUUAUAACGUUCACAGUGUUAGACAGUAUUUGGAAAAAUAAAAAAAAAAAAACA